AUGUCCGGCAGGAGCCACAGCGGCCGAGAUCAGGCUCCGCGCACCGACUUCUGCCGCCUCCAGGAGCUCGACGCCGUUCUCUCCGAGGACGUCGAGCGGAGGACGAUCAACAUGGGCGGUUUGCGCACGGUCGACCUCGGCCACGGGCGCAGCAAGCCGGCCGAAACAGUGCGGCUUGGUGACAAGAUGGGAAUGGCAGCCCAGGCCAACGACCUCGUCAAGGUGCAGCGCCUGAUCAAAAGAGGUGUCUCGGUCAACGCCCGCAACUCGACCUCGGGCGUCACCCCGCUCGGCGUCGCGGCGGAGCGCGGUCACGACGACAUGGUCAAGGUGCUUCUCGGCGCGAGGGCGAACCUUGACGACACGACGCGCGAGGGGAUGACGCCGCUGCACAUCUGCUGCCAGUUCGGCCGCGCAGACACGGUGUGUGGCAUCUACCCGUGA